CGGGGCUGCCGGCGCGGGAGGCGGCGGGCGCGGCGCCGCCCGAGGUUAUAAAAGAUGGCCAGUCCAGAUAGAAGUAAGCGCAAGGUACUAAAAGCCAAAAAAACAAUGCCUGCAAGUUGCCGGAAGCAAGUAGAGAUCCUGAAUAAGUCGAAGAAUGUCUUAGCACUGAAAACAGCAACUGGGAAUAAUGUGUCAAGUGGUAAUCAGAGUUUAAGUACUGGUGUCAUAAGUAGCAAAUAUGGACAUUCUGAAAAUGAUGCUUCCUUAUUGGACUCCAGCAAAAAUUCAGUAUGCUCAGAGAAUAGUAAAGUAUUUUCUCAGAAUGUUGUGAAACCACUAGAAAUUGUUGCUUCAGAAACAAGAUUGGAAAACUUUGAAGAGCAAGUUCUGUGCCCUUACCAAAAGUCAAGUAAAACAACAGAAUUUUCCAAGAAACUCUUUACACAAGAGGCAAAAGAGUCACAAAACACUUCUGAAAACCAUUUUGAAUGUCACACAGAUGUAACAAGAUCUUGUUUUGAACAACUUGAAGAUUAUAAUCUGAAACCCAUUUAUUGUCCAUCUAGUGUAUCUAGUGGUGUGGUUCAAAUGCCAGAAACUACAGUAAACAGUGCCUUGGAUGAUAAGAGGAUCGACAAAAUGGUUUCCUGUUUAGAAAACUCCAGUUCUGAGUCAUGUGAUAAAAGACAAGAUGACAUUUUAAGUUCAAAUACCCGUUUUGUGCCUGUUGAUAAAAUACCUAAGUUGAACAAUUCAGUCAUUUCCAGUAACUAUGCUGCUGCUAUUUUGAAAAGUGAAGAAUCCUGUAGGACCUGUCAUUCCAGCAUUUCAAGUUGUGAAAGUGUAGACUCAACACUGUUGGCAGCACUUGACACUGGUAGUAAUAACAGCCAUAAUCAAAAGAAGAGGAUCUUUUCAGAAAACAAAGAAAAUGUUAAGCGCAUGAAAACUUCAGAGCAAAUUAAUGAAAAUAUUUGUGUAACUCUGGAAAAGCAUACAGCAUUGCUGGAACAGGUCAAACAUUUGAUUCGACAGGAGAUCUAUAGUAUAAAUUACAAGCUAUUUGAUAGCAAAGUGAAAGAAUUGACCGAACGCAUUGGGAAGACACAGUGCAGGAAUAAACAUGAAGCAAUAGCUAAUCAACUCUUCGCAAAAAUAUCAAAACUUCAAAGACGUAUUAAAGCAGUAUUGCAAUGUCAAAAGAAUUUCUUGGAAACAAAUGUAUUAACCAGUAAUACAGCCUGUAAGGUUAUAAACUCAGAGACCAUGAAUUUGAAUCAGAAUCCAGAGUCAGUCAGUCCAGUUGAAAGACAGACCUCUGUGAGUUCUGAAACUUCUGACCCUUCAGAAAAAUCAAAUGAGAAGGCUAACUUAUCACGAGAUCGUGAUGAGGCUGUUUCAGAAAGUAACGAUGAUGUUAUGUUGAUUUCUCUGGAAAGUCCUAAUUUGACAACUCCAAUUACAUCAAAUCCAACAGAUACUGGAAAAACUACAUCAGGAAAUUCUAACAAUUCACUUCGUGCUGAAACAGAAGUUACGGCUGUAGAGAAGAAGAAAUUUGAUUCUGUGGUUGAUGUGACAAAAGAAGCCUUAUCAAAGUACAACAAAAAAAGUUCAGUAUCCACCCUGGAGUCACUUACAAAAGCUGCUCUGAUUGCAAAAGAGACAACCCAAGUGGCACAAAAUGCAGCCCAGGUUGUUGAGUCCUUUGAGCACUUGCCACCUCUCCCAGAGCCACCACCACUCCUGCCUGAACUGGUAGACAAAAUCCGAGACACACUUCCUCCCCAGAAGCCCGAGCUCAAAGUGAAACGGGUGCUGAGACCCAAGGGCAUUGCCCUGACUUGGAACAUCAGCAAAAUCAAUCCCAAGUGUGCUCCAGUGGAAAGCUAUCACCUCUUUCUCUGUCAUGAGAACCCCAAUCAUAAGUUGAUUUGGAAGAAAAUUGGAGAAAUUAAAGCUUUGCCACUCCCAAUGGCCUGUACUUUAUCUCAAUUUUUGGCUUCCAGCAAAUACUAUUUUACUGUCCAGUCAAAAGACAUUUUUGGGCGAUAUGGACCAUUUUGUGAUAUAAAAUCUAUCCCAGGGUUUUCUGAAAAUCUUACCUAGAAGGGAAAAGUCUCCAGUAAUUAUAUAUUGUACUACAUCGCUUUGUUUUUUUCCUAUUUGAUUUGUUGGUUUACAGUGUUCUCUAACACUAUUUGCCAUCUUAAAAGGUCAAUUCAGAUUGUGAACCCUUUGUAUGGGGACAGUCGUCUUCCCUAUGUUGUAAAUGGCCUUUCCUUUCAUGAAUUUCUGAUUUGCAUUCAGUAAGUACUUCCAAUGGAUAUGUUCUGAAAGAUACACUACCAUGCACCUGUGUCACUGAGCUGUGCCACGUACAAUACCACUGGUCACUGUGGGCUGCUGCUUACUUAUAUCGAAGCCUUAGGAUAUAAGCAGCCACAAUUUCCUCUGCCAGCAAUCCACUGUUGGCGACUUGCUUUUGUGGUCAGUGUAGGUUAGUAAAAAAAAAAAAAAUCUGCUCUUUACUGAGGCAGGAUCAGCCCUGACGUGCAUCUGACCAAGAUCUUACAAAACUGUCUUACUCUGUUUGAAAUCUAAGGGCUAUUAAUUUGCUCUCUCCCUUAUUUUUCCUUUUUGGCUAUGUCAAUCCCAUGGGGAAAGAGUCUGGAGGUUUUCUCCUAAAUCAGUUUGUAUAUUUAGGUAUAUAAUAAAAUUAGUCCAACAGUGUGUGCUGUGUACACAGAACAUGGAGGAUCUCUUGUAAAAGCAUUCUCCAGCCCACUGUUUCAGCUCCAGAAAAUGGAGUUGUCUGCCCUAGGUUUAAGGCCUUAAUUUGUUGGUUCUUCCAUGCUACUGGCUGUUCAUCUCCUGGCUGCCAUCAGUACUCGGAGAAAGUAACGCGAAGGGACCCCAAUAGAUGCAUCCCGUGCACACCUCUGUCUGAGGGCACUGUAGUGAAGCUGUGGCUAGCACAAGCCUCCUAAGAGACCCAGCGAGCAAGCAGACUGGAUAAGUGUGCGUCGAGGCCUGGUGGGAUGUUGAGAAAACAAACAUGACUGUUGGUAUGAAGAAUAGUCUGUUCGCAAGAGGUGUUCUUCCCUGAUACGGAGUUCAGUCCUCAGAGGCUCUUGAGAUUUCAAAAAUUGAAUAAGGAAUGGUUUUCUUUGGCAUUUUGUAAAUGUCUUCACAUCUUCAGUCAUAAAUAAAGCUAUUAUUUUUCAGUC